AGUUGAGAGAAGUCGUGCACACAGUGAAAUAGGGCAAGUUGACGCGUGUGUGGGAGCGCACAAAGAGGCGGAAAAUACGCAUACACAAAGCCUGGUCCAAUAACACGUUUGGUUGUUGUUGUUGACCCAGCAUAUUAAAAGGAGAGGGAGGGUGGAAUAACUGGAGGACGAUUCAAGCAGCUAUCUUUCCUGGGGGUGUUUAUUUAUCCGCCCUGCAAGCUCACCAAGAAAACACAGCCUUUGUGGAUUAGUCACAUUGGGAUGGUUAACCGCAUGCUUCACUGGAGGACUGCGGCUUGAUUACUUUAUUGUAUCAGUUUUGUCGGAUUGUCUAUAAAUAUAUAACUACUCUACAUUGUUCCUUUUCUCCAUCCGGGUCUGCUGUAGUGAUGUCGGAGGUUCAUGUCUCUGCAGACUGUGUCCCCAGCCGACCAGCGGGACGGGGACGGACAGAGGACAUGGUGAAAGAGAACCAGGAGCACAGGACUUUAUUAAUGGUGGCAAUGAUUUUAUUAGACUUGAACAAAUGCAGUCCCAACGCUAUCAGCGCGGGAGGCGGCGCAUGUCUCGGGGCUAGCGACGCCGGCACUCAGGAGAAGGUGGAGCGGGCCGGUUACCGGAUGAACGCCGGGGACGGCCGGGGUUCUGUGGCACUCAAACAGUCCAGGAGCAAAAAGGUGGUGGCGGCGAGAAGAGAGCCUCCCGAGAAAAGGCACUGCUGCCCUUUUACCGGCUGUGGAAAGAUGUACGGCAAGUCGUCCCACCUCAAAGCCCACCUAAGGGUCCACACUGGUGAGCGCCCCUUCGAGUGUACCUGGCCAGACUGUGGCAAGAAGUUCUCCCGAUCAGAUGAGCUGACACGUCACUACCGCACACACACAGGCGAGAAGCGCUUCAACUGUCCACUGUGUGACAAGUGCUUCAUGAGGAGCGACCAUCUGACUAAACACGCUCGGCGACACACAGGCUUCCAUCCCAGCAUGCUUCUGGGCUCCGGUGCAGCUAAGAGGCGCCGCUGCUCCAUGUCCAUGUCCUCCUCUGAUUCUGGAGACCAAAGCCCUGUAGGCCUGUGAGACAAACAUUCAUAAUGUACAUAUAUACAUAAGGGUAUACGUAUGCACUAGAUACAGCAGCAUACAAACACGGACACACAUGUGUGGUGUU